AUGAUUCAUCUUCUUUCUUUGAGAAUGCAAGAGAAGAGGGUGUUUUCUUUAUUGUUAGUGUCUCUUUUUUGAAUGGCAGAUUAUGAAAAAACUGUGUAUUAUUUCUAUCUGAAUUGUUUUCCUUUGCAAAAUUAUCCAUGUUUCCACUUUUCUGUUGUUUUCGAAAAAAAAUUGUCUUCAAAUAUAAACCUAAACCUUUAA